CUCAGAGAAUCAGAUUGUAAAUUUCUGCAGAAAGAAACAAUACAGUAAUGUAAGAAAGAAGCUAUUUAAGUCUUUGUAUGAACAGCUCCAGUGUCGCCCCCUACUGGUAAUAAUAUUGAAAUGUACCUGGUGACUCAUGAGAGGAAAGACAGGUUUAACUGAAGGUUUAUUUGGAUAUUUUUGACAUGACUGAACAGAGCUUAGAUGCCGUUUCAGGGUGGAGCUUAUGAACUAAAAACCUGAAAUAAAAAGACUGAAAUCUGUGAUUCAGAGGGACAUUUAAGUCUACCGAUUGAAGGAUACUUCAAAGAUUUGAAGAAAUGGCUGAGAAAACUCUUUUUAAAGAUGACCUGAGCUGCAAGGUUUGUUUAAAUGCUUUUAAAGGUCUGGAGCCUCUGAGCUGCAACCACAUCUUCUGUUCAAACUGCCUGAAAAAGUUCUGGGAAAAAACUAAAAACAGAAACUGUCCCACCUGUGAAGGAAAAUCUUCUAAAGAUGAACCUGGUGUGAACUUUUCACCGAAGGAACUUGCCGACUCUUUUGCUGGAAGACAGACAGGUGGAUCGUAUAAGACUGACAAAGAAGAAAAGAGGCUGGAGGCGUUUUGUAAGAAACACCCAGGAACAACUCCCCUGUUCUGUAGAGACGAACAGAGAUCUGUGUGUCCUGUCUGUGAGUUUUCUCUGCACCAGAACCACAAAGUGGUUCCUGUAGAAGAAGCAGCCAGUGAGCUGAAGGAGCUGCUGAAAUCUGACUUAAAGUCUCUGCAGGACAAGAGGAACAAAUGCACACAAGUGGAGGAAACAUAUAAUGAUAUGGAUCAACACUUCAAGAAGCAGCUGUUGUCCACAGAGAAGCAGAUCAGAGCAGAGUUCAACAAACUCCAGCAGUUCCUGAAGGAGGAAGAGGAGUCCAGACUGGCAGCUCUGAGGGAGGAAGAGGAGCAGAAGAGGGGGAUAAUCAGCAGGAAGAGGAAGAGGGUCCAGGAGCAGAUCUCCUCUCUGCCAGAAAGCAUCUCUGCUGUGGAAGAAGAGCUGCAGAAAGACAACCUGGCGUUCCUCAGCAGGUACAAACCCAUUCGGGACAGAGCCAGAGUCCAGUGCUCAGUGUCAGAUCCACAGCUGCUCUCAGGAACUCUGGUAGAUGUGGCCAAACACCUGGGAAACCUGGCCUUCAAAGUCUGGGAGAAGAUGGGGGACCAGGUCCACUUCAGCCCGGUGGUUCUGGACCCAAACACUGCACACCCCUGGCUGUAUCUGUCUGCUGAUCUGACCAGUGCGAGUUAUGGAGAUACACGGCAGCAGCUUCCUGAUAAUCCAGAGAGAAAUUAUAAGUGUGUCCAAGUUUUUGGUUCUGAAGGUUUCACCUCAGGGAUACACAGCUGGGAGGUGGAGGUGGGAGAUUAUCCCAGGUGGCAUAUUGGUUUGGUUAAAGACUCAGUUGACAGGAAGGGAAUAAUAUUGGUUUCACCUGAAUAUGGAAUCUGGGGUUUGUCGUAUAAUAAAGGAAAAUACACGAAUAGUGAUGGUGAGAAUGUCAAUGUGGAGACAGGUCUCCGAAGGAUCAGAGUCCAGCUGGACUAUGGAAAUCAGAAGGUGAUGUUCUACAAUGCUGAAACCACGAAACGCAUCUGCACUCAAAUAGGCAGUUUCACUGAGAAAAUCUUCCCUUAUUUCAGUUUUGCAAAGUCUCUUGGUGGAAACACUUCUGAGAUCAGAAUCUGUCAGACAAAGAAUACCUGAGAUAAAAAAGAUAUAUUUAUGUGUUUUGAUGGAAUAACUUUUCCAAGAUCAGGAUUAUUUUAAGUAAAAAGUUAACCUGUACAAACAAAGGAAUCGCAACACUUUGAAAAUACAACACAUUUAAAUAUUAUUGAAAAAAAUAUAAAAGUUUAUAAAGUUGUGAGUAAGUUUGUAUUCAUGUUAUAAAUCUGCUGGAAUCACUGGGAUGAGAUUUUAUGUUUUACUUUUAAAAUUUACUGUCUGAAUAAAUGUAGUAACCAGUUAAAAAUAUGACAUAAAAUCCACAAUGUUCCUAAAUCUGAGAGCUAUUUUAUCAACCUGCUGAUUUUAUAACAUAAAAGAGUUAAAUUCAAAUAGAAUUGGUACUAAAGAACAUAUUUCUGUGUAAAUGUUGUACUGUAAGUGUUCAAAUGUCAGAGUUUAUAAGUCGCUCCUCAAGUUUCAGUCCAAAGAUCAGAGUUUUUAAACAAACUGCAACUAAAAGAUACUAAAACAUGUAAAACUGUUUAAACGUCUAAAAACACAGCUGGUACUCGUGUGAGCAAAUGUUUCAUGAUUGUGGCUUCAUAACUUUUUAAACCUUUUUGAAAUGUAUCAUGGAUGUAUGUUUAUUUUAUAAUUCUUAACUGUGGUUCAUAAAACCUUCAGAUGUGAAUCAUUGAUUUUGUUUAAUUUUCUUUCAAUCUAACAUCUGUAUUAACCUGGUGAACAAACAUGAUCAUGAUUUAUUUUAAUUAUUUGAUAUCUUGAUUUUAAUAAACUCUGCAUGUAAUUUAAUUUUGGGGGAAAUAAAAUAUUAAUGAAGUGAACUGACUUCAGUUUAAUGAGUCUGUAAAUACAG